AUGGCAAGGGAGCUUUUCAUAUCAAAAUACACUCUGCAGCUUGUUGAUAAGCAAAAGUCCAUUACACCGGAUGUGGCAUAUACAACAACACUAAUAAUAUUCAAUAUAUAUGACGAGACUAUUAAAACGAAUUUGUUAAUAAUGUGGGACUUACUGGCAGAGUCCAACAAAGUCACAAAGUCUGUGUUUGUGUGUGCGUUACAAUGGCUCGAUUAUUUAAUUAAUAAAAAUGGAGGUAUAACAACAGCGGUGGUGUUUGCUGUAAUUUAUCUGGUACUAUCCGAAGACGGCGAUGUUACUAUAAAAACCAUCAAAAUGUUGGUGAAAAAAAUGAAAGGAAAGAGCGUGCCUAAAAACAUGGAAGAGUUGAUAAAACGAUUUAACACGUCAAAAACUGGUGUUUUUGAUAUGAGUGAACUUCUGGAGUUUUUAAACUAUUUCUAUAAAUUUUCAGAAGAUAAAGGAGACACAUUUGUUCAGACAAUUGAGUUUUUAAAUGAGAAAAUAAUGUUCGACAAAAUGCCAGUAAAGAAGGGGAAGGUGUUAUUUAAAGAUGUGAUAGCAUUUUAUAAAACGAAGUACAAAAUUGAAGAAGAACGUGCGAUGAGGUAUUUUGAAAUAUUACUGAAUGUUAUAACAGACAAAAGUUCUUCUGUUUCCUUCAAGCAAUUUACAAUGCUCAAUAGAAUUGUAGAAAUUUUAAAUAUAAAAAUGGCGAUGGACUGCCCGGAAUUUUUCGCUGUGUGCAUUUUCAGGAUUUUGGACAAAAACUUCGAAGCCAAAGUGGACAAAGUUAGUGUUAUGAAAUUUAUUAAAUUCCAUGGCACACAACCGAAAAAUUCAGAGAUGAGAAAUCAACUUGACGCAGUAAGUAAAGUACAAACGAAGUCUUUUGAUUUAGAAACAUUUUUGACGACGUUUAAAAGUGUUUUAAAGAGUGAAAAUGACUUCAAAAAAAUGAUUACAAAAAUCGAGCAACCCACUUCACUCACUCGAACAAUACCAAAAAAGGAUUUUGAAAAGAAAAAAGGAGUUUUCAAAACACCGAAAUAUUCUGCGAAUCGAACGACUAAAGAAGGAAUUCAAUCACAACUCCGGGAGUCACAACAGAUAAGCGGCCAAGAGACAUUAGAAGCGUCUCAAUUAAUUCGCCUCAAUCGACUGACAAACUCAGUCAAAAAGAAUUCACAAAGACUUCGAGAUUCAAGAGGGUCGAUCGCUUCCAAUGGCUCCACAGGAACUCCCAGUGUUAAAAAGGAUGUUAUAACUUACGAACAAUUCAUGGACAAAGCCAAAGAACUUUAUCCCAAUUUUGAAAAACAACAAGACGACUUUGAUACUAUGUUCUACUUUGGAAGUAUCGACUUUGAAUACACUGUUACACUCGAAAUGAAAGACUUCAUAUUCAAAACGAUUUCAAACAACACAAACCCGAGAGGAUUAAUGCCGACUGCAGAAGAUAUGUGUACAAUCGCAUACAGAGUAGCGACUUUUGGAGGGAAAAAAGGACUGAAUAUCGACGAUUAUAUGAGGAUAAGACAGAGAGUUGUUGAAGACAAAAUAACACGAGAAGACGCAUUAGAGUCGUUUGAAUAUUACGACCAUUUUGGAGAUAAUAUUUUGAAUGAAGAGGCCUUUGUGAAUUGUGUGAAUGAAGAACAACCCAUCGACAAGAGUGACCCACCCAAUUUAGUUGAGAAGAAAAUGAAGAGAUACGCCUUUAAAGUGUUUAAAAGAGAAGAUAAAGACCAUUCGACUGUUUUUGGACAAGAAAAGUUUUGUGAAGCCAUGAGGAGUGUGAUUCGGGACAUGAAAUGCAAAGUGACUGAAAAUGAUGAGAUAGUGCUUCUGGUCAUUUACAGGUUGAAAGAAAGUGGCGAUGAAAUCGAUUCAAAAACUUUUAUGAAUUUGGUUGUCAUGUGCUUAAAGUGUUUUAAUAUUGAUAUGACAGAAGGAACUUUGAAUUAUGAGAAAAUAUUGAAACACGCUUUCUAUUGGUUUGUACCAGAUGAUGAAGAAAAAAUGUCAUUGAGUCGACUUGAAUUGGUGCUUGAAAAACUUAAGACCUCUAUUGAAAGUGAUGAAAUUGCCGAAUUUUUAGAAAGAAAUGGGUGCGAAAAUUAUAUAUUUUUGGAGGAGUUUAUUAUGUUGUUAGAAUAA